GAGAGCUGCAGACGGCGCAGAAGAAGAACACGUGCUUCCGGUUUACUCAUGUGGAUCCGCAAGUGAUUUUCCUACAUUUGGUUUAAAUUACACCAAAGCUAGGUCGCCAAUUCCGAUGAAAAAUGGUUCGAAAAUUGAAGUACCAUGAGCAAAAGUUGUUAAAGAAGGUAGAUUUCAUAAACUGGGAGGUCGACAACAACAUACACGAGGUCAAAGUGCUGCGUAAAUACCACAUCGAGAAGAGAGAGGACUACACUAAAUACAACAAACUGAGUCGUAACGUCAGAGAUCUGGCCCAGAAAAUCAGAGACCUAAAUGAAAAAGAUGGCUUCAGAGCUCAAAGUACUCACCGGCUAUUGGAGAAACUCUACAGCAUUGGGCUCAUCCCCACAAAGCAGAAUCUGUCGCUGACUGAAAAAGUAACCGCAUCGUCUUUCUGCAGGAGAAGGUUACCUUCCAUCAUGCUGAAGCUCAGGAUGGCUCAGAACCUGAAGACGGCCAUCACUUUCAUAGAACAAGGCCAUGUGCGUGUGGGUCCAGAGAUCAUCACAGAUCCAGCUUUCCUCGUAACAAGAAAUAUGGAAGAUUUUGUUACCUGGGUGGACUCAUCCAAGAUCAAGCAGCAUGUUAUGAACUACAAUGAUGAGAGAGACGACUUUGAUCUGGUGACAUAAGCUGGUUUCUGUUUUAGGCGUUUGGAAUAAGCUGAUUUAUGUGGCUUAAUAUGCUGUGUAUUUCUGUUGUUCAAAUGUUUUUAUGCAGGCGGUACAUUAGACUGGAAUUUGUGUUUAGUCAGGGUCAAGUACCUUCAUUUUUAUGUUGCCUUUUCUACCAGAAAACCAUGGACUUGAUGCAGUGCUAGAUGUGUCUUUGUUUACUUGGACCCUGACGGAACAUAACUAUCAUGAAUGUGCCACUUGUUUUUGUCCACUGCAAUAAAAAAAUGUUGUAUAAAAUA